CGGGUCUGAAGCAACUUCACCACUGUGGGACCGAUGUCUGAUGAGGCGCUUUCGUUCUCCAUCAUGCUUUCGGCGGCCCGUGACUACCAUGCGCGAUAUGUUACCGGAUUUGAUGGGCCUGUCACGAACUUGGGCCUGAGCCCAACAUUUGGUUUAAGCCACCGUUAUAACUGGCGUCUUGACUGGCGCCAAUCAAAAUAACCAUACACGAUCUCUCGUGUGGAAGCGCUGCUGAGGAAGCGCAUGCAUGCAGUAACGAU